AUGAAGUGCAGCGCGGCCCUUUUCCACGUGGCAUCGGCCGUCGCCGCUGCUGUCGCGAGAAACCAUAGCAGUACGCCGUACAGGGAGGAAAACGAAACCGCCACAGUGCGUAACUGCAGGAACCAGUCGACUUUGAUAGACCCCCGAAAUCAAAGCGCGCGCUAUCGCGGCGAUCGGUGCGGCACUUUCCUGGACGUGACCCCUCUGACUCCACCGGCGUCGGCCUUCCACGCCGCUGCUGCCAACGGCUCCACGUUUGUUGAUCAGAACUCCUCGACAGUCGCCACGAGCUUCAACGAAAACUACCGAAUUAAGUCCUUCCGUCAGCGCGUCUGCGCCGCCACGGACGUGUCGAUGCGGCCACUGCUGUUGCUACUCAAGGAUGUGCCGGAACUGAACGAUGUAGCCGCCAACGCCGGCAUCGUCAGCCCUGCAGCAGCAACCAUUGCGAGUGGAAGGUUCAAGUAUGGCGAGCUGCUGGAGCGGCUGUCAUGUCGCUGGGCGGCAAAGUUCUAUGGUAAGGUCACAUAUGGCCCGCGCAACUAUCCAUACCCGUCUUCACGUUGGCUGGCUCGCCGCUUCCAGAUGAAGAAGCAUCGCAUUCUCAAGCGUUUCCGCUUCCGCCGCUACAAGCUAGCAGCCGUGGCGAACCUGCCCUUCGCCAAGAUGAUCCGUGUCGGCAUGCUCCCUGAGCUGAAGAGCAGCAAGACGAAGAAGGGUGACACUGUGGACAUGGGCCUGUCCUCGCAGCUUGUCAGCGCGGCACGGUCGUCCGCUGGCGCGGCCAAGACGAAGGGCAAGCGCUCGCGUCCAAAAUCAAAGUAUCAGGUGUAA